AAUGUUUGUAUGUGUGGACCAAAUGAUUUUUGACAGCUCAUAACAAGUUUCAAGUUCAACAAGUGUACAAGUGCACAUUUCUAGUUUUAGUUAGACUUGCUAGUGUACCUUUAAUAGUAUUUAAUAGUUUUAAAUGCAUUACUACUACGCAAUCCACACAUAUGUGAUAAAAUAACGAAGUGCUACGUGUUUAUUUUGUGUUGAGUACAAUUCUAUCACUUUUAUUUGAUAUAAGGCAUUUCUAUAAAGAAUUCAAGCAAUCAAGAUGUGGAGCACAAAAGUUAUUCCAAGUAUUAAAACACUGCCUGCUAGUAAAGCAAUAACAUCAAUUCAAAGCAGUAAAUUCAUCCUUCGCAAUAAAUCUACAAAUGAAGCAUCAUAUGAUUAUAAAUACUGGCAGAAGAGUCGGAUUCCAACGUUUCACUUUCAAAAAUCACUACCACGACUACCCGUUCCUAAGCUGGAGGAUACCUGCAGGCGUUAUCUGGCGGCACAACGUCCACUUCUUUCUGAUGAAGAUUAUAACAAGACUGAACAAAUUGUCAAUGACUUCCAACAAAACAUUGGCAAGCAACUGCAUGAAGAACUUCUUGCAGAAGACAAAAGGAACAAACAUACUAGCUAUAUAUCAGGGAGAUGGUUUGAUAUGUAUCUGAAAGAUAGAACACCUUUGCCUAUUAAUUACAAUCCUGUUUUGGUAUGGCAGCAAGACCCCAAAAAGGAAUACAAUGAACAGUCCAUUAGAGCUACUAAUAUGUUAAUCAGCGCUUUGCGGUUCUACACGUCGUUGAGGGAUAGAAAACUUGAACCGGAAGUAUUUCAUAUGAAUCCUAAAAAGAGCGACACAGCGGCCUUUCGUACCAGGUGUGCAAUGACUCCAGAAAUGUUAUCCUGGUACAUGGCUUACAUGCAUAAUGUGUAUCCAUUGGAUAUGAGUCAGUACAAUAAUUUAUUUAACAGUACGAGAAUUCCGCAAAUUGGCAAAGAUCGAAUUAGCAGAGAAUAUGCAAGACAUGUAGUGGUGCAAUGCAAGGGAAACUUUUAUGUCGUUGAUGUUUUGACUGAAAACGGCGAUAUUAUGCAACCUUCCGAGUUGUAUGGAGGAAUAAAGAAGAUUUUAAAGGUAGCUGAGGAAGAUUCAGUUGAUGCUUGCAAUUUGGGUGUUUUCACAACGAUGAAUCGUGAUGAUUGGGCAAAAUUACGCGGAGAUUUAAUAAAUUUAGGGAAUGAACAUCUUUUGAAAAUGAUAGAUACAGCAUUGUUUAGUAUUUGUCUCGAUGAUGUAGUUCUUGGUGAAGAUAAAUACAAACUUGUAAGGACAUUUUUACAUUCAGACGGAAAAAACAGAUGGUUUGAUAAGUCCUUAUCUCUUCAAUUUACAAAAGAUGGUUUCGGCGCAAUUAAUUUCGAGCAUUCCUGGGGUGAUGGCGUUGCAGUUCUACGAAUUUUCCAGGAUAUGCUUAAGGAUUCUACUGAGAAUCCUCAGAUACAUCCAAGUUCAGUGCCUAAAGACAUCCAAAUUAAAAAAUUAGCUUUUAAACUUGAUGAACACAUCAAACAAAGUGUUCAACGUGCGAUUAAAGACUACGAUGACGUUUGUAAGUCUUUAGAUGUGAAUUUUAUCGAAUCAGAAGGAUUAGAUAAAAAAUUCUGCAAGAAACAUGGUGUCAGCCCUGAUGGCAUCAUGCAAUUGUGUUUCCAAUCAGCUUAUUAUAAACAAUAUGGUAAAUUUGUCGGUACUUAUGAGUCCUGCAGCACGUCUGCAUUCAAACAUGGUAGGACUGAGGUGAUUCGUCCUUUGACUAAUGCCACAAAGGAGUAUAUCUUAGCGCAACACUCUGCAAAUAAACCCUCACAGGGUGAAUUAUCUGCAUUAAUCAAGAAAUGUUCGAGUGUCCAUGGUCAAUUAACCAAAGAAGCAGCAAUGGGUCAAGGUUUUGAUAGGCAUUUAUACGUUUUGAAAGCCCUCGCCUCUGCCCGAGGAGGUUCAACCCCUGCGAUUUUUGCGGAUGGUGCUUAUGCCAAGAUGAAUCAUAAUAUUUUGUCAACAAGUACAUUGUCAUCACCUGCUGUAUUGGCCGGAGGGUUUGGACCUGUUGUGAGGGAUGGUUAUGGCGUGGGCUAUGUGAUCCGUGAUCACGCUAUGGGUACCCUUGCAACUUCUUAUCCAGGGAUGAAUGGAAGAGAGUACAUUGAUUGUUUAGAUAAGUCGAUUAAAGAAGCCGUCGCUGCGUUAAGUGCCUCGUCGUAGCAUUCUGCAAUUAUAUGUAAGUAAUUUUAUAUUUUGGCUAUACAUUCUAAUUAUAUUGAUAUAUUUAUUGAUUAUAAAUCAUGGUACUAAGUAAAGUUAAAAAGUUUACAAGGCAUAAAAUAAAGAUAAUGGUGAUAUAUAUUA